UCGGCGUUCUAAUGCGCAGCUGCGCCGGCGGAGCUCCUCCUGCCCGCCGGAGGCGUCUGCUGCCCGAGACAGACGAGGAGUUCGAAGCCGGCGGUAGCAGCAGCAGCAGCAGUAACAACAACUCAUGGCUACCCGAGCCGCGGGGGGCUGAGGAGAAAAGAGCGGGGGCGCGCGGGGGGGUUUCUGGCUGCUGAGUCUUCGCCGGUUGAGGCGACGCCUAGGCCCUCCCGCGGCGGGAGCUGGUGGCUGUGGGGGCUCGGCGACGGCAGUUCCAGCUCUUUCUUUCUCCUCCUCCCCCCGAGGCGGUGUUAUGGCCUCUUGCUGGAGCACAAAAGGGUCCCUUGCUUGGAGGUCAGCGCAGCUCUUGCUCCUGGUCGUCUCCUGUUGUGGAAACAGUGCUCUUGCAGAACGUUCUGAAAAUGUGCAUAUUUCAGGAGUCUCAACUGCUUGUGGAGAUAUUCCAGAACAAAUUAGAGGCACAUAUGGGAUAAUCACAAGUCCGGGCUGGCCUCUUGAAUAUCCUGCCAGAUUGAAUUGUAGCUGGUAUAUCCGUGCAAAUCCAGGAGAAAUUAUUACAAUAAGUUUUCAGGAUUUUGAUGUUCAAGGAUCACGGCGAUGCAGUUCAGAUGCCCUGACAAUAGGGGCCUACAAGAACAUGGAGAACUACAGAGUGUGUGGGUCUUCUAUUCCAUCUCCUUAUAUCUCUUCACAAGACCAUGUCUGGAUCAAAUUUCAUUCAGAUGAUAGUAUAUCACGCAAAGGGUUCAGAUUGACUUAUUAUUCAGGGAAAUCCAUUGAAACAAGCUGUGACUGUAAGCAGUUCCAUUGUGCUAAUGGGAAGUGUAUUCCAGAAUCCUGGAAAUGUAAUGACAUGGAUGAAUGUGGAGACAACUCUGAUGAAGAAAUCUGUGUCAAAGCUAGUCCUCCAACUCCCACUUCCUUCCAGCCAUGUGGAUUCAACCAGUUCCAGUGUCUGUCUCGUUUCAAUGUUUACACAUGCAUUCCAGAAUCCUCAAAAUGUGACGGAAACCUUGACUGUCUCGACUUGGGAGAUGAAAUAGACUGUGGUGUGCCAACAUGUGGACAGUUGCUAAAGUAUUUUUAUGGUACUUUCAAUUCUCCUAAUUAUCCAGACUUUUAUCCUCCAGGGAGCAACUGCACUUGGCUGAUAGACACUGGGGAUCACCGCAAAGUUAUAUUGCGUUUCACUGACUUCAAACUUGACGGUACUGGUUAUGGAGACUAUGUCAAAAUAUAUGAUGGGUUAGAGGAGAAUCCACGCAAACUAUUGCGUGUUUUAACUGCCUUUGACUCCCAUGCACCACUCACAGUUGUUUCUUCCUCUGGUCAAAUCAGAGUACAUUUUUGUGCUGACAAGGUGAAUGCUGCAAGGGGAUUUAAUGCUACAUAUCAAGUAGAUGGAUUUUGUCUGCCAUGGGAAAUUCCAUGUGGUGGAAACUGGGGCUGUUAUACCGAGCAGCAGCGCUGUGAUGGCUAUUGGCAUUGUCCAAAUGGAAGGGAUGAAACCAACUGCACCAUGUGUCAGAAAGAAGAAUUCCCUUGCUCUCGGAAUGGUGCCUGCUAUCCACGCUCUGAUCGGUGCAACUACCAAAAUCACUGCCCCAAUGGCUCAGAUGAGAAGAAUUGCUUCUUUUGCCAACCAGGAAACUUUCACUGCAAGAACAACCGAUGUGUAUUUGAAAGCUGGGUUUGUGAUUCACAAGAUGACUGUGGGGAUGGUAGUGAUGAAGAGAACUGCCCCGUUAUUGUACCCACCAGAGUGAUAACUGCUGCUGUCAUUGGGAGCCUUAUCUGUGGGUUGCUCCUUGUCAUUGCCUUGGGAUGCACUUGUAAGCUGUAUUCUCUGAGAAUGUUUGAACGAAGGUAUGUAUCCCUUCCAGCUCUGCAUCAGGCUUCUGUUUUAGAAAAUUUGAGACUGGCAGUGCGAUCUCAGCUUGGAUUUACCUCUAUUAGGCUUCCAAUUGCUGGCCGGUCAAGUAACAUUUGGAAUCGAAUCUUUAAUUUUGCAAGAUCUCGUCAUUCAGGAUCCCUGGCACUGGUUUCAUCGGAUGGAGAUGACAAUGCCAGCCAGAAUGCUAACAGAGAAGCUGAAAGAAAUGGUUCUCACCGAAGCCUCUUUGCAGUGGAGUCUGAUGACACAGACACAGAAACGGAACGAAGAGACACAGCGGGUGCCAUUGGCGGUGUUGCCGUCACUUUGCCUCAAAAGGUCCCUCCUGUUGCAGCCGUUGAAGCAGCCGUCGUCUGUGGAACCUCUUCAGCUCAGAGUACCAGCAGUAAUAGGGACAAUGGAAGAGAAACAGCAAGUGCAGAACCCUCAAAUUCAAGUCCAGGACGCCAUCAGUUCUCUAGUGCACUAAGUCGCAUGACUCAAGGGUUACGGUGGGUACGCUUCACUUUAGGGAGAUCAGGUCCUGUAAAUCAGAACCAAAGUCCUUUGAGACAGCUUGAUAAUGUGGUAGGUGGAGGAAGAGAUGAAGAUGAUGAUGUGGAAAUGUUAAUUCCAGUUUCUGAUGCAGCAUCAGACUUUGAUGUGAAUGACUGUUCAAGACCUCUACUUGAUCUCACCUCAGACCAAGGACAAGGGCUUAGACAGCCUUACAGUACAACGCAUAAUGGAGGACGGUCCUGUAGUCGAGAUGGCCCUUGCGAGCGCUGUGGGAUAGUACAUACUGGCCAGAUACCUGACACUUGCUUGGAUGCAACACUGAAAAAUGAAACUAGUGAGGAUGAGGCUUUGCUACUUUGUUAGGCAUUGAUUGAAUGGGUGGAAGUGUAUGCAAGUUGGAGCAAUAUUGGUGAUUUUUGUACUUCAUAAUUAAUGAAAAAAAUAGUUUUUGUUUCAAAAAGAAAAUCCAGGGCAAAUCACAUGACUUAACAUUUUAAUGUGCAUGACUGAAUGGAUAUUUGUCAUAAGGGGAACUGAAACAGAAGUUCUUCUAAGUGUGUAUACAUAAUUUGUAUCUGUUGUUCUCCCUCAUUCGCUAACAGUCAUUCUCUGAGGGCUUUCCCCCCACCACCACCACUUUUUUUCUCCUAGGUGUUUUCUUAAAGCCUGUGUCAGGACAGUGUCUGCAGAUAUUAAGUCUUUGUGAUAUGUGAUACAUGUGAGCAAUGGGUGAGCUUUGUGGAGCUUUGCUUGCCUGAAUAUUUGCAUUUUAAGCAUCACACAGGCAUGCAUCUGUAGCCAGUUCCUCCCCACACUUUAAGGAUUAAGAAAGGGUAAGGUAACAUGGGAAGUGGCCCUCGGUUUGUUUAACAUGACAGUAUGAUUCACAACAGAAACAUGGCUGCUCAACCACUUUUGGCUUCCUACCAUUCAUUCCAGGUUGCCAGGCUACUUUGUACAGAAUAUUUAUUCCUUUUUUUUGAAAUGGAAUCUAGUGUACAAUUGCCAGUAUAAUUUUAACUGAAUACUAAAUGCUGGCUAUACUGAAACAUUCUUUUGUUUUCUUUUGUGGUUUAUAAUAUUUUGUCUAAUUACUGAAUGUCAUCAUGGUGAACUUUUUCAGAGGGAGGAGAGAUUUUCUCCAAUAUACUAUAUUUUUUUUUCUUUUAAAAGUUCAGACAGCAGUUAGAUAAACUGAUGGCAAAAAAAAAUCUUUUGUAGCUUUUAUAACAUUGACUUUAAUAAGUUGGUCUAGUAUGGUACAACCAAAUAAGAUGUAAAAAGUCAAAGAAGUAUUUCGUCUAUCUUUGAAGAUAGAUGGCUGAAGCAGCUAAAAUAUGCAUUUGAUUCUUGUACAUAAUGUGUGUGUUUUUUUAAAAGGUACGUGUAACUCUAGAAAAUGUUCGAACCGCUAAUGGAUCCUCCCAAAUGGGACUUAAAUUUCUUUGGUUUAAAGGGAUUUGCACUAAAACUAUGUUAAAGUCUCUAAAGAGCUUAGUGCACAAGCACUAUCACUUUAAAUACUAGUCUCUAAUACAGCAAUGAAUAUCUAUAAUAUUUCCAUGGCUCUUCUCUUGGGUUCUUGCUUUUUCCUCUUGUUUGUUGCCGCAAUUGAAUUUGCUUCACUAAUUUUGUAUUUAUUCAUUGUAUUUAAAAGCUGGUUUACCUGGCAUCAGUAUGUGCUUUAAAAAAAGAAUUCAGUAUAUUUCAAGGUUUUUAUUUUUGUUAUAUCAUAUUAUUGGUGUAAAAGACACCAGCAGGGAGGAAAUCAUUCAUUGUUUUCAGUUCAGUAACCACCUGGUGGUGGUUACUAUUACUAAAUGAUAUCAAGAAAUCCAUCAUUUCAGAAGGUAACGAUUGCCCAAUUGCUGUUAUAUUUAUUCUUUGCUAGUCUAAGUAGGCUUAAUGAUUUAGUAUGAACAAAAAGUAUUUGUGUGUGACUGUAUGCUAUUUAUUAAAUUUUACAUACAUUG